CGGGAAAGAGCGAGACGUCGUCAAAAAUGCGAUAACGGUCACUGAGAAAUGGAGGCGGGAAAAAGCGAAAGGUCGUCAUUGCAAGGCGGUCCUUGCGACGACGAUUCGGCGAGGUCCCAGCUAGACCGAUUCUCCGUUUGUUGCCGUCGAUCACGAAGAUCAAACGGGCAGGAUCGCAGAAUCUGCAUUGUGAGCUCCUUCCAGUCAGUGACGAAGGGCGGGGGAGGGGGGAGAAGGGGGAGGAUAGCAGAGGAAUUCACAGCAGAGGCGAUUGAUACCGAGGGAGAGGCUGAGCGGCGGGGGCAAGAGGGGGAGGAGGAGGAGGAGGAGGAGGAGGAGGAGGAGGAGGAGGAGGAGGGAGAGGAGGGACAGGAGGUAGCCUCCGAGGCGGAGGGAGACAUGGUGCAGAUCCAGCUGUUUAGCUGGAUGGCGGGCCUGUUCUCCUUGGGUUUGCCCUCUGGCAAUGCCUUCACGCCUGUGGAGUCGUUGUUCGGAGGGGCAUUCGUGGGUGUGGCCGUGUACGUCAUGCUGGCUUAUUGUGGGAGGGAGGCGGCCAUUAGCCCCACCAUCUCCAAUCUGAUGUCGUUCCAAGAGAUCCGCUGGAGAGGGUUGUUUUUUAUGGGCACCCUCAGCGCCGCGCUGGCAUUCAACCAAGCGAGCUUGAUCAGCAUGGGCCGAUCGAGCCCCAACUACUUGAUGUACGGACUUGCAGGCGCGGCAGUGGGUCUGGGGAGCGAAUUCAUGGGAGGAGGAGUCGGUAGGCAUCUGUUCUACGGCCUGCCCAGACGUUCCGUUCGGUCUGUCGUCGCGGUGCUUGUGCUCGCCGUCACCGCGGUCUUGACUUCGACCUUCCUGGUAAAGCGCCCCAGCAGGUCCGGACCCUUCCUGACCCAACUGCCACCCAACUCCGUCCUCAUCACGCUGGACACCAUAGCCGGGGUCUUCCUGCUGACCUUCCUCGCCAUCCGUCUCCUCUACAAGAAGUUAUUCAUCGCUCGUUACACGGGGUUCUAUCUGACAGCCUUCUUCGCCGGAGUCGUCUUCGGAGCUGGCAUUUGCAUCUCAGGCCUCGCUCGGCAGUACAAGCUGAGCGCGUUCCUCGACCCAGGUGGCAGUUGGGAUCCCUCUCCUCUCGUAGCCAUCGGUGGCUGCGUGAUUCCUAACAUGCUGCUGUACCACAACUACCUGCAGGACCUCAGCCAUCCUCUCUUCGCGGACAGGUUCAUAACGGAAGCCAACGGCGCCGUUGAUUUCUUGUUGAUUGUGGGAGCGAUCCUCUUCGGGGUAGGGAUGGGCUUCUCCAGCCUGACUCCAGGCACUGCACUCGUCGGGCUAGUCACGCUAGAGGCCAACGUGCUGGUUUUCGUACUCUGCAUGAUGGUUUGCCUCACAGCUGGCCGCCUGUUCGUUCACUGGAGGAGGAAGGCCAAAAUCGCACGUGCCAAAGCCGCUAAAUCCUAAUCCCCCCCUCCACCCUCCCCGACUCCCCCCCUCCCCCCCCCACCGGCGCCCGAACAAGAAAAAAUACUAAGUAAAAAUCGCUACCAAUG